UUCUCCUCCGUUCUUCAGUUUUAGGCUCUCUCGCUUUCUCUCUCUUCAACUACCUCACCCACCUCCCUAAGAGAGAGAGAGUCUCUCACCUCGAAUUCGCCACCACCAAAUUCUCAACCUCUACAGAUUGGUCAGUCGAUCGAUUGUGUUUUUCCGGUGGCCGGAAUCUGGAAUAUUGCUGUCUCUCCCUCUCUCUUGGAAUUAUCGAAUUGCUUGGUUAGGUAAAAUUUGGUUGAAUUUUUUAGAGUAAUGGAGUCUUCGUCAUCUACUAGCUCCAUGAAACUGUCGCCGUUGGAUCUGAUGACCGCGAUCAUCAAAGGUGCGAAGGUGGACCCCUCGAAUAUGUCGUCGGAUUCCACCGUUGCUGAGGUUGCUUCGUUGAUAAUGGAGAAUCGUGAGCUCGUCACAAUCUUGACCACCUCUGUUGCUGUACUGAUUGGAUGCUUUGUAGUUCUUAUGUGGCGGCGAUCCAGUGGUCAGAAAUCCAAGGUGUUGGAGCCUCCUAAGCCUUUGGUUGUUAGAGAGCCUGAGGUUGAAGUUGAUGAUGGUAAGAAGAAGGUUACCAUCUUCUUUGGAACGCAGACUGGAACCGCUGAAGGUUUUGCUAAGGCUUUGGCGGAGGAGGCAAAGGUUCGGUAUGAAAAGGCCGUUUUUAGAGUUGUGGAUAUGGAUGAUUAUGCGGCUGAUGACGAAGAAUAUGAGGAGAAAUUGAAGAAAGAGAGUAUUGCAUUCUUCUUCUUGGCCACAUAUGGUGAUGGUGAGCCAACCGAUAACGCUGCAAGGUUUUACAAAUGGUUCUCAGAGGGUAAUGAGAGAGGGGAAUGGCUUCAGAAUCUGAAGUACGGAGUAUUUGGUCUGGGUAACAGGCAGUAUGAACAUUUCAAUAAGGUGGCCAAGGUAGUGGAUGAUAUCUUUGUAGAGCAGGGUGCAAAGCGCCUUGUCCCAGUGGGUCUUGGAGAUGAUGACCAAUGCAUUGAGGAUGACUUCACUGCUUGGAGAGAAUUGGUAUGGCCAGAAUUGGACCAGUUGCUUAGAGAUGAGGAUGAUGCAACUGUUUCUACCCCUUACACUGCUGCUGUAUUAGAAUACCGUGUAGUUUUUCAUGACCCCGCUGAUGCAUCACUUGAGAAGAAGAGCUGGGCUAAUGCAAAUGGGCACGCUGUUUAUGAUGCUCAACAUCCAUGCAGGGCUAAUGUGGCUGUUAGAAAGGAGCUUCAUACUCCUGAAUCUGAUCGUUCUUGCACUCACCUGGAGUUCGAGAUUUCUGGCACUGGGCUUUCCUAUGAAACAGGGGACCAUGUUGGUGUCUACUGUGAAAAUCUUCCUGAAGUUGUAGAAGAGGCUCUCAACUUAUUGGGCUUGUCUCCUGAAACAUACUUCUCCGUCCAUACCGAUAAAGAAGAUGGAACAUCUCUAGGAAAUUCUUUACCACCUCCUUUCCCUCCCUGCACCGUAAGAACUGCACUGACGCAGUAUGCAGAUCUUUUAAGUUCUCCCAAAAAGUCUGCCUUGCUUGCUUUAGCAGCCCAUGCUUCUAACCCAGCUGAAGCUGAUAGAUUAAGACAUCUUUCAUCCCCUGCUGGAAAGGAUGAAUAUUCACAAUGGGUGGUUGCAAGUCAGAGAAGCCUCCUUGAGAUCAUGGCCGAAUUUCCUUCAGCCAAGCCCCCACUUGGUGUAUUCUUUGCAGCAGUGGCCCCACGCUUGCUGCCUCGAUACUAUUCAAUCUCUUCAUCUCCAAGAAUGGCUCCAUCUAGAGUUCAUGUUACUUGUGCAUUAGUAUAUGAGAAAACACCAGCUGGACGUAUUCACAAAGGAGUGUGCUCUACUUGGAUGAAGAAUGCUGUGCCUGCUGAGAAAAGUGAUGAUUGCAGUUGGGCACCUAUUUUUAUUAGACAGUCGAACUUCAAGCUUCCUGCUGAUCCGAAAGUACCUAUAAUCAUGAUUGGCCCUGGCACUGGAUUGGCUCCUUUCAGAGGUUUCCUGCAGGAAAGAUUGGCUCUUAAAGAAUCUGGAGCAGAUAUGGGACCCUCAGUAUUGUUCUUCGGAUGCAGAAACCGUAGAUUGGACUACAUUUAUGAAGAAGAGCUGAGCAACUUUGUAGAAACUGGCGCACUUUCUGAACUAGUGGUUGCAUUCUCACGGGAGGGACCUACUAAGGAAUACGUGCAGCAUAAAAUGAUGCAAAAGGCUGCAGACAUCUGGAACAUGAUAUCCGAAGGAGCUUAUGUAUAUGUUUGUGGUGACGCCAAGGGCAUGGCUCGUGACGUUCACCGAACUCUUCACACCAUUGCUCAGGAACAGGGAUCUCUGGACAGCUCGAAAGCUGAGAGCUUGGUGAAAAAUCUGCAAAUGAAUGGCAGGUAUCUGCGUGAUGUGUGGUAACCAUAAAACCUUAAAAAGGGAAUGAAAUACAAGGGUUUAAAAUACAAUAUUAAAUGCAUAAAAAGAUUGGCCAAACCAAAAGCCAAGUUGGUGUAGUACGUAUAUGAGGGCUUUAUUAUAAUCAUGAUGAAGCCUUCCAUUUUGUGCUCUUUGAAAUGGGCAAAAUAGCUCCUGUUGAGGUCGUAUAGCACUCUCGGUCCUCUGGUGAUUCUUUUAACUCUUCGAAUGUGAAAUUUUUUUGUUCUUGUAAUUUAUAUAUAAUACAAACACAAUAAUUAUGGGCUAGGCAUAGUCUUUUUCUUUUUCUUAUUUUUUUUAUUUUUAUUAUUAUGGACUUUAAAUUUUCCCCUGUAUUAUGAACCACAAAAUAUGGUUCAAAAUGGCAGAUUAUUAAUGGUCUUGUUUUUCUAUUUUGUAAUUUCUUCACAUGGAUGUAUUAUAUUCAAGUUUGUUAAUUCUCUUA